UCUUUGCUUUCCCCCGAACAAAAAAACGAGAGCGGCGGCGGCGCACAGUGGUGAGGAGGUGAGAUGGACACCGCAGGGAGUUCGACGGGAAGGAGUGGCGAGUCCAUGUUUACCGAGGAGCUCUAUCAGGCUGGAAUCUGCAUGCGAGAGAGCAUCCAAUGGAUCGAGGCCCAGGACCAGGAGGCCAGGAUCGAGGAGAUUGCACAUAGCGACUCUGGCUAUGAUAAUCUUCCGGAUUUCAGAGUGGAUAUGGCCGUCUUGACGCAUGAUGGGCACAAUUGGGAAUCGAUGGAGACCCAGAGCAAGAUUGGCGACGGCGGAGAGAUGGAAGCUGGAGGGAAGUCGUCGAAGGGAAGCAGGAGUUCCGCAUCCCUCGAACUCGAGAAUCUGCUCCACCGUGCCGGAAUCCUCACCGGUGGAGAGAUAGGCGGAGACACAGAAAUCGAGGAGCUGUUUGAUCUGUUUGCAAAUGAGGCCAAUGAGUGGAUCGUUGGCCAGGCAGACAGUCAACUCCGAUGGGAAACUGUGCAAGAAUUGACAGUCCAAAUCCUGUUGAAAUUUGAAGAAGUGGUGGGUGCUGACAUUCUUAAGGUAUUUGAAGAAAAAACCAUCAGGGAGGAGGCAAUGGCAGUGCUUAGGUUCGGCUUCAGACUGUCGUUGUUUUCCGAGCAGAUCGAUGAGCUGAGGCAUGAGAUGUGUAACAUUUUGAGAUCGUUCUCCCCAGAAAACAAAGAUAUAAGGAGCACCAUGAAGAAGUUUAUUUCUGAGCCAUAUCUAUCUCGUAUCUCCAAAUUGCAAUUGAUCUCUGAACGUAUUAGCAUGCUCCAGCAAAUGGACCCAGCCUUCGACUUCAAAGUGAAAUCAACAAUUAUCAAGUUGAAAUCAGAAUCUUUCUUGUCAGCAAUGAAGGAGUUGGAGAACGACAGCCCCAGGGAAGGCCAAGAACACUCCAUGGAGAUGGAGGAGAAGAAAUUCGCUGCAUACUGUCUGUACUGGGAACGCAUAUGGGGCAAGGAUGGCCACAGCUUCGAAAACCAGACGUUAUUGAGCCCCAUGCAAUUUACGCAUUGCACACCAGGCCACAUUCCAACUGAAGCUGUCGCUGGGAGUACCUUACAAAUCUACUCCAUCAAAGUAUCACUAGUAAAACCCGAUUUUUUGCCACUGCCGGUGUAUGGAGUGGUUGCAGUCCGUGAUGCUGUGGACCGUCGUCGCAACCCUCUAUUCCUCUGUUCAAGAGAGCACUGCCAAAUCCUCGAAGAAAAUGAUUCUUUCUUGCACUUGACGGGCCCGGUUCGUGCAAUUGUCUCGAUGGAUACUGUUUACAUCGAAAUCCAAUUAAUAGUAAAGGGCACAAAAAAAUCGGAAGAUACACCAUUGAUCAGUACAUUUGGCUUUUACAAUGCUGACAAUUCCGGUACCUAUCUUGCCAAAAAUGACUUUUGCAAAGUGGAGUUGUGCUGUGAGCAACUUAAACAGUCGGUCCAGGCUACUAUCUUGAGUGUGGCUGUUACACCAAAACAGGAAUCGUUGCCUUUUCUACAUGGUGGUGGAGUUGUUUGCUAUUCAUUGCCUCAGGAGGGUAGUGAAGAUAUCCCUGAGCAAGCAUCAUGUAGGCAAGUUUGGCUGCUUGAUUCAAAAUGUGGAAGAAUGCCUAUGACUGAAAAUGGCUACCUUGAACUGGCAAGGAAUGUAGUUUCUGUGGAAUUAAAUGGAAAGCUGCAGGUCCUCAUAAUGGACGAUUCACAGACUGAGUUUGCUGCUAAAUUCGUCCUUGAAUCUGAAAAAUACAACACAAGUGAAUGUGAAUGCUCCCUUGCUGAUGGCUCUAAGGUUGAGAUUACUGUUGCUUGGUCCCUCGUUCACUCAAAGAUGCUACAGUCAGAUGACAGUGGGAUCGCGACCACAGGGAAUUUGAAGGGAAGGAGUGGCGAGCCCAUUUUAAGCGAGGAGCUCUGCCAGGCUGCAAUCUUCAUGCAGAAGAGUAUCUGCUGGAUCCAGGCCCAGGAGAAGAAGAUGGUGGAGAUUGGAUAUUACGGCUCUGCGGAAUACAAGAAUCUUCAGGUGUUGAAAUUGGAUAUGUAUGAGCUGUCGAAUAAGAUCUUUGGUCUUUUCAAUUAUGAGACCCAGAAGAGGAUCCGCGCGAUGCAGAAUGCCUGUUGGAUCAGCAAUAAAGGGAAAUUGACAGAUACCCAGAGCAAAAUUGGCGAUGGCAUUGAGAUGGAUACUGGAGGGAAGUAG